GUCAUCUUUUGUGUGAAAUUUGGAAUUAUUAUUUGGGAGAUGUACAUUAAAAUCUCUUCCUCUUUGAUAUUCUUGUUUCACUCGUACAAUAGGCAUGAUGCUAUGCUCCCAAUAAAUUUAUUUUUUUAAAUAAAACAUAUCAAGAAUAUUGAAAAUUACAUCAAACAGAAAAAUAAAUUCAAAGAUUCUUGCUUCACUUUCUAAUGCAUGGAAAGUGCAAAGAGAAUGACACCUCACACUUGCUUCACUUGCUAAACAAUCGAUGUCAUGUAAAUCGCAUAUCAAACACUUCAUCACCAACCCAACAAACUUCACACUUUCAUCCUCAACCAUGAUGUCAUCAAUCAUCAUCACCACAAGGUACAUUGAGACUCAGACCUUACUUAUUCUUAACUGUAACCAUUUCUUCUCGAUUUCUCCAAGAAUUCGUAAAUCCAGAGAGAGAACUGUGGAAUGCGUACCAAGUGUUCGAUUAAUUGCCUGAGUGAAAAUGGGGAAGAAACGCAUUAUGUUGCCUGCCACCGAAGUUGAUUUGACUAAAGUCAAGUACAAUCCUGGAGAAAUCCAAGCUCCUAAUGUGACUGGGCUAUGGCUAUGGAUUUUUGUCAAGUUGCUUGAAACGCCAUUGAUAGGUCCUGUGAUCCUUUCUUACUUGAAGAAACAAAACAAAAUAACAGAGAUGUUAAAGGAGACUGUGAUACCAGAAUCACCAAUGUUUACACCUGAAUUUCCUCCUCAAGAACCAGAACCAGGAGUCGUUUGUAUUGAAGAAGACAAAAGCUCUCAACACCGAGUUGACUCAGCCAUUAGAUGCCUUCCUCACUAUGAUCCUUCUUCUGAUUUGAAUUUAACCCCAUCAUUUCACUACUGGAAGAUUCGUGAUUAUGCAUAUUCAUACAGAUCAAACAUCACAACUCCAUCAAUCAUUGCAGAACAUGUGAUCUCUGCAAUACAAGAAUUCAGCAACAAAAAACCUCCAAUACCUCUAUUGAUUUCUUUUGAUGCCAUGGAUGUAAGAAAACAAGCUGCAGCUUCUACUCAAAGGUUUUAUACAGGAACACCAUUGUCAGUAUUGGAUGGGAUCUUCAUGGCAAUCAAGGAUGAUAUAGAUUGUUAUCCUCAUCCAUCUAAAGGUGGGACAACAUGGUUUCAUGAGGUACAUAGUGUUGAAAAAGAUGCAAUUUGUGUAUCAAGAUUACGUAAUUGUGGAGUGAUUUUUGUUGGGAAGGCUAAUAUGCAUGAAUUUGGACAAGGGACUACAGGAAAUAACUCAAACUAUGGAAUUGCUCGAAAUCCGCAUGAUUUGGAAAGAUAUACGGGUGGAUCUUCAUCGGGGCCCGCAGCUAUUGUAGCUUGUGGGAUAUGUUCAGCUGCAUUAGGAACAGAUGGAGGAGGUUCGAUUCGUAUUCCAUCUUCCCUUUGUGGUGUUGUGGGAUUAAAAACAACAUAUGGUCGUAUCGACAUCAAUGGAGCAUUAUGCCAUGGAACGACUAUGGGAAAUGUAGGACCAAUUGCAUCAAGUGUUGAAGAUAUCAUGCUUGUUUAUGCAGCAAUCUUAGGUGCUUCUCCUAUCGAUAAAAUAACCCUUUUACCUUCUCUCCCUUGUUUGCCUGAUUUAUCAUCGCUUGAGAAUUCUAGUAUUUUGUCAUCAAUGCGGAUAGGAAAGUACACCGAGUGGUUUAAUGAUGUCCUCUCACCCGACAUCUCAACAAAAUGUGAAGAUGCUCUUAAUACGUUAUCACAAACUCAUGGAUGCAAAGUAGUAGAGGUUGUGAUACCCGAGCUUCACCAGAUACGAACAUCUCAUCUUGUUUCAUUUGGUUCCGAAUCAUUAGCCUCACUAACACCUCACUGUCAAAACGGGAACGACAAGAAAUUCACACUGGACACAAGGACAAAUUUUGCCCUUUUUCGGUCAUUUACAGCUUCAGAAUAUGUUGCUGCUCAACGCCUCAGACGAAGACUCAUGUAUUAUCAUAUGGAGAUUUUCAAGAUGGUUGAUGUCAUAGUUACUCCAACAACAGGCACAACUGCUCCUGUAAUUCGCCCAAAAUCAAUCAAGUUCGGUGAGACAAACAUGAAGGUUACCGGUAAUUUGAUGCGGUUUGUCAUAUCAGGGAAUCUUCUUGGACUCCCAGCCAUUUCUGUACCCGUGGGUUAUGAUAAGCAAGGGCUUCCAAUUGGAUUACAAAUCAUGGGUCGCCCAUGGGGCGAAGCUACAAUUUUGCGAUUGGCUGCUGCAUUUGAGGGACUACGUGUUGAAACUAAGAAGCCAGUAUCAUAUUUCAAUGUUCUAAACAAGCACUGAAACCCUAAAUCCAUAUUCCAUCAAGACAUAUUUCUGUGAUUAUCCGAGUUUUUAGUUUGUAUUCAACUACUAUAAAGAAUAUUAUAUUUUUAAUUAAAUUAUUAGAAGUAUUAAUAUUGGAACCUUAUUUUGGAAUUUGGAAUAAAAACUAGCUAUUAGUUCACAAA